GCAGCAUAUGACAUUAUACGUUCAUCAUUAACGACCCUUUGACGAAAACAACAACACAGUCAGUGACGAAAGUUCUUUAAUGCCACAUCUCCCAAAUGCAAUAAACUUCUUAUGUUGCCUGGAGUUCAUCAAUUUUGUGAGGAACGGAGCACAGUAACUGCAGAUCUAUGCAGCUUGGACAGCGCCCUCGCCUGGUGAAUGGCAAACUCCCAGUAUUUGCAUUUCCAUCGGAGCUCAAUUAUUACGCAGAUGACAGGAGUAGCCAUAAACAGGUCUUGACUUUGUAUAAUCCAUAUGAAUUCCCACUACGAUUUAAAGUUUUGAGCACAUCACCAAAGAAAUACACCGUAAUUGAGUCAGAAGGAACUAUAAAACAUGGAUGCUGCAUAGAUGUAGUGAUACGAUAUAAAGAUGUUAACCCAACGUACUAUGGUUCGAGGGAUAAGUUUCGGCUUCAAAUCUAUGAACAAGGGCAGCGUAAAUCACUUGGAAGAAAGGAUAUAGUAUCAAUGCUGUUUGAGUCUUCACAAGAGAAAGGCAAAGAUUCCGAGUUUGAGGAAUCUGAGUCAUCCGUGGACGUAGGAGGAGUGCCAAGCAGUAGCCAACAUCUGCGUGAUGGAACAAGAUACCAGUCCUCCGGACCAAGCCUUCUGAUGAUACUGCUCACCAUGGCCUGUAUGGUGGCAUUGAUGGUACCGACACAGGGGGAUAAAGAAUCACGUCUUCCAGAGUACUUGCAUCUUACAAUAAACCAAAAACUUAUAGCUGCAUACAUUUUAGGAUUAGUUACCAUGGUUUUACUAAGAACAUGAUGAUUGCUUUUUGAAAUCAACCUCCCUACCAUCAUCACCAAUGCACCAAGCUUGUAACCUUGCCAACGGAUUGUACUAUGAUAACAGACAGAUGAACAGGACGAUCGAUCAUGCGUUACCACCUGGGUAUGAUCGUAAAUUAGUAUUCCGAAAAUAUUAAUAUUUUUAUUACUAUACAUUAUUUUUAUUGUUAAUUUAAUUUUUAAUAUUAUUGCUAUUAUGUGUAUUAUUAUUUUUAUAAAUUUUGGAUCAUUAAUUUGUUCGAUAAAGAUCAAUAUGGAACAUAUAUUUUAAUGUUAAUAUGUUGUGAUUUUUGUUAACACAACUUAAACCGAACUUCAAGUAAUUAUUUAAAAAAACAACAGAUCUUUUUUAUUGUGGUUAUAAAGUGCAAAUUUACUCUGAAACACUCUUAUGAGAUAGGUGUGUAUUGCACAAUAAGAAUAAAUAUUUUUAAAAUUAAGAUUGAAUUUGGGCAUUUAAUAAAAAAAUAGUUAUUGAAACUUAAUUAAAUGUAAAUAGAAAAGAGAGAAAUAAAUACAUAUUGACAUACAGUAUAGGAAUAAUGAUAUGAUAGUCUUUAAUGCCAACGGCCUCUAAGUGCUUCACAUUCUUAUUCCCGGUCAUUAGAUCAAACACACUAUGGAACACACCCUCAUCUCCCUGAGGUGAAUUCCAUAUGUGACCGUCUCUAACAAAACCCCCCAUUCGUUGACAUUUCUAAUUCUGCCCUAGCACCCAAAACGUUUGAGAAACGGAACUUUGCACAUUUGCAGGUUUUUGCGUUUUAUCAAAUAAAGAUAUAUUGAAGAACAUGUCUGCAAAAUAUCAGUCACUAAAUCUAAUACAAAUCUUAAUAAACUAUUGAUUUUGGAAUCUUUAGAGCUGUUUUCUCAAAAUCUACAUGGCUGAUAUCCAAUAAAGUAAAUAACUUUGUUAAUACUUUCCAUCAAAUAAAACACUAUUUUAAAGAAGAAUUCACGCAGAAUCUAAAAAUACCAGAAACUUAAUUUUGAAUUCAGAUAAAUGGCUGGUUUUGCCAGACCCGGUCUCAUAUGUUCAAGUCUACCAGAUAGCCAUUUGCAGAAUUCCAGUCCAUAAAUGGUUCUUUAUCUGCCAUUCUAUGUUGCUUUUUUCACACAAUGUAAUAAAUCCUUUAAACUAUACUGCCCCACCAUAACAAAAGGAAGCAACUGAUGUGCUUUGAGUAAUUAAGGAAUAUGUUGAUUUUGUCCCCUGCUUCCUUUUCUGGUGGUUUUUACUGUAUUUUUAGUCUCUCCCUUCCUUUUUGUGUUGCUAAUUACUUGUUAAUUAGUGGAAUUUGAACAUACUCAAAUAUACCAUUAUGUUCCAAAUUAUUAGUUCUUUGAUAGUGACUGAAAAACUCGUUUUUGAAAAAUUGUCAAUUACUUCCUUUUGUCAUGGUGGGGCAGUAUAUUUUAAUAUAUUAUUUCAUUAAUAUUUAUAUAAAUAUAUUUUAGAGGUUGUUGAAUUAUGUUGAGCACCACUGCCACCAUGUAAUAUCUCCUGAUAUAUACUUAAUAUUUGGAUGCAAAUGGAACAGACAAGUAAUAUCGUUCAGUUGGCCAGUUUAGGAAUGUGGGGUGCUCCAGUGGGAUGUAAGUUAAACAUCUGUAAUGGGCUGUCAUCAUGGUAUUGGUAGUUAAUUGCAUGAUGUAACAGUGCCUAUAUAUGGUCAUGAUAUGAUGUCAUGACCAUAUUUAGGCAUGUCACAUGUUGUUUUCAAAUACAGUUUGAUAGGCAGAGGGCAGGCUUUAAAUUAAACCAAUUUAAGGAUUUCUAUUGUGAUGUUCUGUGUCUGUUUAAAACAUUAUUUGAUCUGUAAAAAUGAGCGAUUCAAGAUUUUUUUUAGGGUUUUGGCGGUUAAAUAAUUAUGUUUUAUUAGGUAUACCAGGUUAAAGUUUGCAAAACAUUUUGGAUCAGCUCCCCUGGUUGGAAUCCUUACCUUUAAAAACUUUAUUCUCAUACCAUAUAUAUAGAGCAACUUUUAGCUACUGUGGUUAAAAUCCUGUUGCGCAAAAUUAUUUCUCUCUUUUUCUAUUGCAUCAUUUUUACCAUUGAAAACAUUAAGAAGUAGUCAUUUUAAAUGUAGGCAAGCUUAUAAUGUAACAAUACAAGUGUUUAUCAUGUCAAUAUUGUCACUAUUAUACUAUUAAUAAACAGCAAUAACUAUAUUGUUUGUAUAUGAACUUAAAGAAUAUAAUUCAGCACACUAACAUAAAAGAAUAAGGGGAGUUUUAUUGGUGAAAAACAUUUGCAAUUGGUUUAUAAACAUGUUUUUAUAGAAUGGGUGAUUCAGAGCUUAUCAGUUGAGGCCCUUACAUGACUCUAAAAUUUUAUGGGUGUAAAUGAAUUGUUUUUAUGCUGGUAAUCUGUUUUAUUGCAUUUAAAUUCAUGGAUGACCCAUUAAAAGCAGUUGCAAAUUGGUGAUCUGUUUGUUUUGACUCAAAAGAAGAGUAGGAGACAUAUGUGCAUGCUUCCUUCUCCAUUGCUGCUGCUAGUUCGAUAAAAUAUAAAUUAGUUGAACAAGACAAAAUAUUUGAUGAUGAUAUUGAAAUAUUUUCAAUGCAGUAUACAGUAUGUGGAAACAUGUAAUUCUUCUUUCAUUGUAUUCAUAUUCAGUCACUUUUGUUUAAAGGUUGAACAUAAUUGUAAUAUUAUUAUAGAUUUUUUGUCAUCAGAAUGUGCAAUUAAAAAAUGAAAGAAAUAUUUUGCAUUUGAGGCCAUGGUGAAGAUAUGCUCUCUUAAAAUCUGGGAAAAAUCUCAGACAUCUAAAAUAUUAAGUUAUUCAUUGAAAGAGUCAAACCAAACACUUUUCUGAUUGAAGCAUGUUUUGGCUGAUUUUGAGUGUACACUUAUUAAUGAAUUUGUUGUUAUUUACUGUAUUAUGUUUUGCCUACCAGUCAAUUUAAGUAAGGAGCUCUUUCUAAUAGUUUAUGCUAAGAAUAUAGAGACUAUUAUUAUUUUUUAAUCUUUCUGAAUCUGUUAUUAAGUGUCAAGGAAAACAUCUACUGUUCCAAUUUUAAUGGAAGUCUAAUAACUAAAUACAUUAAUAUUUAAUUUGACAAUGUGGUGUUCAUGUUAGCAGGGCAGAUCCAAGGAUGUUUCUGCCGGGGAAGCAAAAAAUGUCAAUCAAGGGCUGUGGUCUGAAGGGGAUAGUUAUGGAGGGUGUGCCCAUCCCUAUAGUGGGAAGCCAGGGGUUAUGCCCCCGCAAGCUAGAGUUUUAGCCAUUUUUACCUCUUAUCUAGAUGAUUUCAUGCUCAGCUAGUUUUUUGUUGCUGACAGGGUGAGGGAUGUAGGGUCAGGUACCUAUUCCACCACCCCCAAUAGUGACCUGAUUGACAGGUAGCCCCUGGGGUAGGAACUAAAUGAACUAAUGGAGGCUACCACAUGAACAUUGGUAUGGUGCUGAUCAUCGGAAAUAGUUUUACUAUUAUUACUGUACUGUAUAAUUUUUGUUUUUUAAUUCAGUUUCAUAUUGUCGUGUUACUAUCAGUUAUAAUGUGAAUAAAUUUAAACAAAAUUUAGCAUAA